CACACACGCACACACACGCACACCCCUGGCUAGCUCACCUCCAAGAGCACUCUGCCCAGGCCCUUGCCCCUCUCCUCCUCCUCUUCCUCCUCUUCCCCAUCCGGCACUUGGCUGGCGUGCCCCUCGUUCCCUGCGCGACCGCGACCACUUGUCGCGCCUCGGCCCGCUUCCCCUUCUUUUUUAUUCGCUCUCGCGCUCGGCUCUGCACACGUGUGCCGCUAGAUAUCGACAAUGUCCUCGAGAUCCCGGAUGAAAAAGGAUGACGAGCUCUUCAGCUCCGCCUCGCAGGGCAACCUGUCUCUCCUGAAUGAGCUGAUCCCCGAGCGCCGGGUGGAUGACUCGUCGAAGACCAAGGCCGGCGGUGCGGCCGGGCGAAUGACCGGCGUCCUGUCCAAGGUCUUCCGCCGGGAUGUCGACAUCAACACCAUCAACGAUGACAGCAUGACCAUCUUGCAUGUGGCCGCCACGUCCGGCUAUGCGGAGUACCUCCGUCGAGCCAUUGAUCUUGGCGCGCGUGUGGACAUCGUUGAUCGCACUGGCAACACGGCUCUCCAUUACGCCGCGUGGGGGAACCACCCGGAAUGCGUGCGCGUUCUCCUGGAAGCCGGGGUCCCCGUGGACGGGCUGAACAAUGACCAGUGCUCGCCGCUGCAUCUGGCGGCCCAGUUCAACCGGUCGGCCGACUCGGCCCAGCUGCUGAUGGCCGCCGGGGCCAGCCCCCUCUUGCAGAAUCGCGCCGGGCAGACGCCGCUCGACCUGUCGGCCGAGUACGGCAAGGAUGCCAUCCUCCGGCUGCUGGCCACCAAGGAGGUCCUGGACAAGGUGUAUGCCAACCCGUCGCAGCCGCCGCCCCGGUCGCCGUUGCAUCUGGCCGCCAGUGGCGGGCAUGCGGACUGCGUGGCGGUCCUCCUCGAUGGCGGGGUCGAUGUCAAUGCCAUGAGCCACAUCGGGUCCACGGCCCUGCACUAUGCCACCGAGCGCGGCAAGCACGCGGUCGUGGCCCUGCUGCUGUCUCGCGGGGCAGACAUCCAUGCCAAGAACCGCGGCCAGCUGACCCCCAUCCAGAUUCUGUGUGCCACAACCAACCGGCUGAAGGAGAACCGGUCGUUCAUUCUGCUGUCCUCGGCCACGCGCGGUGUCGACCCGGAGGCGGCCCUGGCCGCUGCUGGUGUGUCCCUGGCGCCGACCGUUGUGCCGAUUGUCCGCGACCCGGAGGCCGAGGCUGUUCCCGGGGCGGCCGUCGUUUCGCCGGUGGCCGCCUCUUCGGCGGGGGCCGCCGCCGCUGCUGCCACCGCCGCCGCGCCUGGCGGUCCUCUUGGCAGCGCCAGCAGCUCCGUCUCCCUGGCGUCCAUGGGCAGCCUCGGCCAAUCGGCCGAUGGCGGCGGGCCGUCCACUCCCGGGCGCCCUGUCGGGAGUGCCGACCCGCCGGCGGCGGUCCUGUCACCUCUCGGCCCGGGGGCGGCCGGUGUUCUGUCCGACACGGCCUCCAUUGCCUCGCAGUCGGAUGCCAGUGGCACGGAGGGUGCCCUGGCCACGGGGCCGGGGCCGGCCAUGUCGGCUGCCUCGCCGAGCCCUGCGGCCGCGGCCGCGGCCCCGGCUGCCACCAAGCAGCCCAAGGUCCUCGGCCGUGCGGUGGCCCGCAUGAGCCACAUUGGCUCCAUCUAUGACGCCCUGGCUCUCUCCUUCGAGGAGGGCGACGAAUUCGAAGUCCACGACUUCCGGCCCAGUGGCCUUUGGGUUGGCCGGCUCCUGCGCACCGGCCAGGUGGGCGAGUUCAAGUGCAACCUGGUCGACGUGACCGAGGAGUAUGAGGAGGGCGACGAGGAGGAAGAUGAGGCGGAGCAGCAGGUCGCCGAUGAGCCUGCUGCCGGUGCUCCUGCCGCCAUUGCCCCGCUGACCGCCGCCCCGCCGAAGCCAACUCUCAGCAUGGCUGGCCUGGUGCCGCCGCAGCCGCUGGCGGCCGGCGCGCCUGCUUCCUCCACUUCGGCCGCCAGUCGGCUGGUUGCGGCCACGGCUUCGGCUCCGAUCCCGGCCCCGAUCUCGGCCCCGGCGCCGGUGGCGGCGGCCGCGGCCGCCGCCGCCCCCUCUCGGGCCCCCUCGCGCCAUAGCGACUCCUCCGGCAGCGAUUACUCCAGCAGCAGCGAGUACGACUCGGACUACUCCGGCAGCGAGUCCGACUCGUCCGAUUCAGAUAUCGACAUGCCUGCCGACCCGUUCGGUGCACAGGGCGUGCGUGUGAACACGGUCGCCGCCACGACACUGCCCCCGCCGCCGGGGCCCCGCCCGGGUGCCGCUGCUGUCCCGUCCAACCUCCCGCCGGCGGUCGGCCCAGACGGCCGGCCCUGGGUGGACAAGUGGCUCUUUGACAUCCACUGGGAGUGCUAUGUGGGCGCCUUCCAUGCGGCUGGGCUGACCUCUCCGGCGGAUGUCCUGUCGUCCAUUCGCUCGGCGGCCGAUCUGGCGCGCCUGGUCCCGGGGAUUACCCUGGCCCAUCACCGGUCGAACCUGGCCGAGGAGGUGGAGUCCCUGCGCCGGCAGUACGGCGACGUGGCGGCCACCACCGUCCCGGCUGGGGAUGCCCUUCCCUCGGCGGCCCUGCCCCGCAAGCCGCAGGUAUCCAUCUACGGCAUGCCGGCGGGCUUCGGGUCGGCCAGCUUCUCGGCGGCCUCGGCUGCCGAGGCGGCCGCCGGCUCCAACUCGGCCCCCUGCAGCAGCGGCGGCACCAGCGGCACCAUCACCAACAAUGGGAUCACUUUGCCGAAGCCCCCGGCGCCCCUUGGGCCGGCCAGCUCGUCGGUCCCCUCGUCGCCGAUCGAUCUCCCCCCGCCGAUCGGCGGUGCCGUGCCGGACGACAUGCAGGAUCUGUUCAAUGAUCUGAAUGAUGUCAUCCAGUCCUUCUAAAGGCCUCCACACAUACACACACACACACACGCAUGCAGUGACACGCGCGCGUCGUCCCCCGUGCAUCUAUAUCCUGCACACAUGGUGAUACAUGUUCCCCCCACAUGUGUGUUCACAUACGCAUGGAUGCGCGUGUGUCCCCCCCCCCCCUCCCUUGGGUGUGCAUGCGAAAGAUGGGUGGAGGAGUGCGCUCUCUCUCCGUGCCCGCCCGUCUCCACCGUUGAAUGAUGUUGCGCUUUGCUUUGCGCGCGCUUGUGCGCAUGCGUGCGUCUGUCCAUAUGUGCUCGUGUGGCAGCAUGGAGAGGGGGCAGGCGCAGGCCGUGUGGGCCGCGCGGGCCUCGCGGGUCGGCGUGCCGGUUGCCUCCCCCCCCCCCUCCUUUUGUUCUCCAUUGUUUCUCCCCCUCCCUUUUCCCCUCAAAAAUACAAGACACAAUCUCA